GAGCCGGGAAACUCAGGCCUGCCGGGGGCGCUGGGCUCAGUGCAGAGGCCGCUGAGUCGCGGAGUGGGAAGAUCGGCAGCGGGAUCGUUCCCUGGGGACACGCAACUGCCCGGGCGAUCAGCUCGGGCGGGCGCUGUCUGUGCGCUCUGCACCCCUGCCUGUGCCCGCCUUCCACCCCACGACCCCGCCUGGGUGCCGGAGCAGCCGCAGGCGCUUCGGUCCGAAGCGAGCAGGGCCCGCCGCCCCGCCCGCCACCAUGGAAUCCGGGCCGCCUGGAGCCUCCGGGCCCGAGGAGCCGGGGCCUUGCCUGCGCGGCGUCUGCGGCACGGACCAGGCAGCCUUGGCCUCCUUGCUGAGCCGGGCCGAGGCCGAGCCCCAGCGCCGCGCGCUGGCUGUGGCGGCCGUGCUGCCGGCGGGGGGGAGCGGGGAGAGGAUGGGCGUCCCCACCCCGAAGCAGUUCUGCCCCAUCCUGGAGAGGCCGCUCAUCAGCUACACCCUGCAGGCCCUGGAGAGAGUAUGUUGGAUAAGGGACAUUGUUGUGGCAGUGACUGGAGAGAACAUGGAAGCAAUGAAGGGCAUCAUCCAGAGGUACCAGCAUAAACGCAUCUCAGUAGUUGAAGCUGGAGUGACCCGCCACAGGUCAAUAUUCAAUGGACUGAAAGCACUGGCCCAGGAUCAGCCAGACUCGAAGCUCUCGAAGCCAGAAGUAGUGAUUAUCCAUGAUGCUGUGAGACCUUUUGUUGAGGAAGAUGUCCUCUUUAAAGUUGCCACAGCUGCUAAGGAACAUGGAGCAGCAGGAGCGAUUAGACCUCUUGUAUCCACUGUCAUCAGCCCAUCCCCUGAUGGUUGCUUAGACCACUCACUGGAACGUGCCCAACAUAGAGCAAGUGAAAUGCCACAGGCUUUUCUAUAUGAUGUGAUCUAUGCAGCAUAUCAGCAGUGUAGUGACUACGACCUGGAAUUUGGAACGGAGUGUUUGCACCUGGCUCUAAAAUAUUGUCACGUUAAAGCCAAACUCGUGGAAGGAUCCCCUGAUCUCUGGAAGGUGACCUACAAACGAGAUUUGUAUGCAGCUGAAUCGAUUAUUAAGGAAAGAAUUUCACAACAGAUUUGCAUAGUUAUGGACACCAAACAAGAUGAAGAACAUGUAGGUCUCCGUCUUGAAGAAAUGCUAAAAACUGAAUUAAAUCAUCUAAAAGUCACAUCUGGGUCUCUGUGUCAUGCUGGCAGAGAUCUUCAGCAAAUCAUCUUAGAGCAGUGCUACAAUUUUGUUUGUGUGAAUGUUAUGACCUCUGAAUUUGAAGAAACCCAGAAAUUACUGAAUAUACUUAAAGAGAGUAAUCUUUCCAUCUUGUAUCCUGUUGUUGUUAUUUCAGUGCAUUUUCUUGAUUAUAGAUCAGUACCUUUCAAUCAGAAAAUGGAAAAUCUAAUGCAGAUUAGAGAACUAGCAAAGGAAGUGAAAAAAAGAAAUAUUUUACUCUGUGGCCUUCUCAUAUAUCACCCACAGGAUCAGCAGAAGCUACAGGACAGUUUAAGGCAAGGUGCCACUAUUAUUACCACCUUCAUCAAAGAAAGAAAUUCUGGAUUUAUUGGUCAGCUUCUGGUAGCAUGAUGAACACAGAGAAAAUUACCUACUGAGUUUAUAGAAACAGCUGUCUGAGUACUGUAUCUCUUUUGUGCCUCACUCCCUAUUGUAUGUGGUAGAAUGUUUAAGUUGUCUUCUAUGUUUCACAGUUUGCAGAAUAUGAUGCUUUGGUUAUAAGAGCAGAUCGAUGUUUAUAUCUGUGAAAUUAAAAUUUACUUUUUGUGAAUGUCAAAUAUAAAUUCCUGAACCAGAAAAGAGUAGUUAAGUGGAAAAUAAUAGCUCUCACAUAAUCUUUUCACAAAAGCAUGAAAGAUCAAAUAGAAAUAAUGACAGGUAAGCUAAUCCUCCAAGGAAUGAGAAUUUAGAAAUCUUGAACUAUUAUCUCUGUGUUAAUUAGUAAAUCACACUACGAUGAAAUUAAUAGAUAAGAUUCAGGACUAUUCUUAAUUCUAAAAUUGUCCUCUCACCAUGAGAUACUGACUUGUGUCCUGAUUUUCCAUGUCUUAAACUAAACAAAACAAAACAUAACAGGAGAUAGAAGGGAAUUCUGGUUCAAAGAUCUUCAUUAUUGGUCCUCACAUUACUCAAGAUCCCUAAACAAGCUGUAAUAUACUUCUUGAUUUAAUGUAAUUUUUACUCAUUUUAAAAGGUUUCUGAUUUUUCUGAAUGAAUUUAAAAGAAGCCUGGGAAACUUCAUAAAAGCAAAGUUCUUUUGAUCAACCUCAAGUUAGUUUUUUCAAAGGCAGGGAGUCAUUGUGCAUCCAAGAACGCAAUUAUUCCUUUGAUACAGAUACUUGUUUUGUAAAACAAGUUUUUAUUCCUUCAAAUUUCCACGGGUAUAUACAUCUUAAAUAUUAAUGAUUUCCCCUAUCUUAAUUGUAUUGUAUGAUUAUGUACAUCCAGUCAUUAGAGAUACCUUUUAUUCCAUAUUUACAUUUACUUUCUCAAAUCUUAUUAGAUCAUAUUAUUCCAGGGUUUUGGCUGCACAUGGAAACUAUAAAAGUUGCAUGAAAUGUUUUCUAUGACAUAUAAACCUUGUGGAAUUUCUUAACAUGUUGGAUGAUUUUUCCUAUAUUUCUCCAGUAUAUCUAUUAGCAGGGGAGUUUAUAUUUUAUGUCUAAGUGGUAGUGAGUAGAAAACAAUGGACAUGGAGUAAAUAUUACAAUUCAUUCCCCUUAAUGAAAUGUGUUUUUUUCCAAUGUAAUUUGUAUCUAAGUUCCUGGGCUUGCCACUUUCUUUCUCUCUCUAGGGAUGUUAAGAAAUAUAAAAUAAAUCAUUUAAUUCAAAUCCUCAGGGUGAGUCUAUAUGGGAAAUGCUUGAAUUUUGGAGAGAAGGUCUAUGUUGUUUAGGUGGUGGGUCAGCUGUGUUGUGAAAGGCUCAUUCAUACCUUCUACUUGUUGAAGUCUUCAGGUGAAAAUGUUUUAAGAAUUUAAAAUUGCUUAUAAAGGCAAAUGGGGAAAUGUUAUCAAGACUUUAAAGAGAGGGAGAAUGUCUUUAAGUUCAAGGCAGGAAACUGGGUAUAUCCAUGGCACAAGAAAACUGCUAUAUUGACUGAGUGCUGGCUGAAUACCUUAGAUUCAGCCUAAUAGUGGAAUGUUAUACCAGACAAGAAUUUAUCUGGGAGUAAUCAGUAUGACUUUACCCUAGGCAAUUGGAAACAUUUAGUGUAAUGAGGUUUAGCUAAUAAAAUAUUAAAUUGUGUCUAAACUAAUCACUACCAUCAUCAUCGCCAUCAUCAUAAAAUUUUAUUUUAUAUUUUUCUUUAUAGUUUACAAGUGAUUCACAACAUUGGAAACAAUUUAAUGAAAUCCCCCCGUAUCUUUUACGGUUUAGAUAGGAAGUGAUGCUCAAGAGUCUUAACUACCUUGCCCAAAGCCAUGUGGCUGCCUAGUAACAAAAGCCAGGGCUUGCAGUCCAGACCACUGUGUAGCUGUGACUGCUGACAAAGGACACCUGGUAGAGAGGCGUGGGAAGCCAGCCGGCAGCUUAGUGUCAGCUGGAGGAACGGGCAAAAGGGGAAGAUCCACCCGAUGAUCAGGGGAAAGUCCUGAAGCUUUGGUUUUUGUUUCUAAUUUUUUAUUUUUGACCUUAGAGAAGAAGGGAGGGAGAAAGAAAGGGAGAGAAAAAUCAGUGUGAGAGAGAAGCAUUGAUUGGUUGCUUUACGUAUGUGCUUUGACCAGGGACCGAACCUGCAACCCAGACAAGUGCCCUGACCAGAAUCCAGUGGGGGACCUUUCGGUUUGUGGGAUGGCCCCCAACCAACUGAGCCUCGCCAGCUGGAGCAGUCCUGAAGCUUUUGACUUUCUAGACAUCUUUCCAGGAUACAAAAAUUGUAGCUAAGGUGGAAUGAGUGGAGAGAAUUAUUGACCAGGAGAGAAAGAUAAAUUGGCUGUUUCUAUUGAUUAAGAGAUCCAGAAGCUUACUUUCAGGAGAACUGUCUAUUUUCAGUUUAUUUGCCAAAAGCUUUUAAAAAAUAAUAGUAAUUAUUCCUGAGGUUGCUGAAAUUGCUUUCUACUUGUGGACAAUUUUGUAAAAAGACACUUUUUCCUAAACGUAUGCUAGUUAAUUAAAUGCAAUUUAAAGAUAGCAUUUGUAGGAAUUUAACAGUGUGAUCAACUCAAUGGUUUAAUUAAUGUUGGUAGGAGGUGGUAGUUUUUUUUUCGUUAAAGUGCUCAAUUUGAGAGAGAACUUGUUGCAUGUAUACUCCUUUACAGAUGAAAUUCAGACCCAUAUAUUCUACCCAGAGCCAUUCUUACUGUGGUCAAUUUAAGCAUUUUGCAUUAGUUUAACAAGAAAAUGUUCUUUUCCCAUGCUACUUUAUUAUAAUUAUAAUCACAUUUUCCUUUGUAUAUAUUAAUACAAUGAUUAUUUUAUAAAAAUCAAGUUGCAGUGGAAUAUUUUCUUGUAUGGAAUCUGCAAAUUUUACCUCCUUUUAAUGUUUAAACUAAUCAUGUCAAGGAAGCAAAAAUCAUAAUAUUUUAAUAAAAAUAUAAAGAAAGCCAU